AUGUAUGACUUUCUCCCUGGGUACAGAAAGAGCCCUUCUAUGGAUUCACAAGAGAGGCCUACAGAGCAUACCGCCUUGCUCUAUAAGCACGAUGAUCAUGGCUGCGAGAGCACGAGAAGCUGUGCGCUCUUCUUGGCUGAAUUUUUCCGGCUGCUGAAGGACUCUGUCCCGGUCAUCCUAGCAUACACACUCCAGAACAGCCUCCAGACAACCUCAGUGUUGAUUGUGGGAAGGACUUCACCUGAAAAUCUGGCUACGACCGCUUUUUCACUCAUGUUUGCCAUGGUCACUGCAUGGAUGAUCGCCCUGGGAGGGACGACCGCGAUGGACACGCUCGCCUCGUCAACAUUCACUGGAAGUUCGAAUAAGCACGAUCUAGGUAUCCUGUUACAGCGAGGAUUUCUGGUCCUUGGGCUGUUCUAUGUGCCUGUCGCCAUUCUGUGGGCUUGCUCCGAGCCUGUAUUUCUCAUGCUCGGUCAAGACGCCCAGCUUUCAAGAGAUAGUGCGCGCUUCUUGACAUGCUUAAUCCCUGGCGGCCUGGGGUACGUCUAUUUCGAGACUAUGAAGAAAUAUCUUCAGGCACAGGGUAUCAUGCGUCCUGGUACAUAUGUCCUGCUGGUUACGGUACCGUUCAAUGCGUUGCUCAAUUACCUUUUUUGUUACACAUUUCGACUAGGAUUGCUCGGUGCGCCGUUUGCCAUGGGCAUCUCCUACUGGCUGUCUUUUGUACUGCUUAUUCUUUAUUCCCGAUUUGUUGCCGGUUCCGAGUGUUGGGGUGGUUGGUCGCGCGAGUCGUUCCAGAACCUCGGAACUUUCGCCCGGUUGGCUGUUCUGGGCGUGGUGCAUGUUGGCACCGAGUGGUGGGCCUUCGAGAUAGUGGCGCUUGCAGCUGGCAGACUCGGAACCAUCCCGUUGGCUGCACAGAGCGUCAUCAUGACCGCAGACCAAGUUCUCAAUACUAUUCCCUUUGGUGUAGGCGUCGCCACGUCGUCACGCGUCGGAAAUCUGCUAGGAUCCCGAGAUGCAGCUGGCGCAUCGAGAGCGGCCUAUGCAGCGGCGUGGCUGAGUAUGAUGCUGGGAGGUGCCGUCUUGGCCGUGUUGAUGGGCACUCGACACGAGUUUGCGAAAAUCUUCAACCCCGACGAGAGGGUUGUACGCCUCACUGCAGAGGUUCUGCCAUGGGUGGCACUGUUCCAGAUCGCCGAUGGCCUCAACGGGAGCUGUGGUGGCAGUCUAAGAGGAAUGGGAAGACAGCAUGUUGGUGCCUUAGUCAACCUGGUCAGUUACUACUGCGGUGCACUGCCUCUGGGCAUCUGGUUGGCCUUCCAUGGUUGGGGACUGAAGGGGCUUUGGGUGGGACAAUGCAUCGCGUUGUAUCUUGUGGGGGCGCUGGAGUGGUUGAUUGUGACUUUCAGUAACUGGGACAGGGAGGUCGAUAAGGCAUUCCUGCGAAUGGACAUCCAUGAUCGAUUGGAGGCUGGAAGUCCUACCAAUGGUGCCACGACAGAAGCGUAG